AUGCCGUACAACAACACCCCAAUCGCGCCCUCGAAGGAAGUCACCGGCCAUGUGUCUCUCCCCCUUGCCCGCGUCCAAAAAAUAAUCCAAGCCGACCCGGAGCGCCUGACAGUCACCAAGAACGCCUCCUUCGCCAUCGCCCUCGCCACCGAGAUGAUGAUCCAGCACCUCGCGGUCACAACCCACAACGUCGUCAAAGCCGAGCGCAGGCCCCGCCGCAACAUCCAGUACCGCGACGUCAGCGGCGCCGUCAGCAAGACCGACAACCUCGAGUUCCUGGUCGAUGUCGUGCCCAAGACGACGCAGUACGGCGCGUUUCGCAAGCGCAAGGCUGUGGAGGAGGGGAAGGAGGUAGAGCCGACACCGCCAUCGGAGUCUGGGCCGCAAACAAAAGAAGCGAAGAGGCUGUUGGCGCGGAUCGUGGCAGAGACGGCGGUGGCACAGGCGGCGGCAGCAGAGGUGGCUGCGGCGAAGACAGCGGCUGUCGACACUCCGUCAAGUGGCACGCAGCUGGAUCCACUGGCGCGCGUGGAGCUCGUGCCGGAGACAGAGGCUAUGGAUGUCGAUGGCGCAGCGGGCGAGGACAGAGUCGCGGAUAGCGAGGGCGAGGAAGAUCCCGCAGCCAUGCAGAUUGAGAUGGAGAUGCGCGGGCCGCCGCGCGCGAACGGGAAAGGGAAGGAGAAGGAGAAGCAAGAGAGCGUCGCUGCGCCGCCACAGAUCAGCUCGGGCGGCUUCACGGCGAUCAACGGCCGGUGA